GAGGGUUGAGCAAGAUCGGUCUAGGCAACAAGGAAGGGGUGGAUGAUGAGUCCAAACGCGGGUCCACUGGUGAGGCAUCCACACUCACCCUGAACAAAAGACAGUCUAAGGCCGAUAGGAAAGAGUCGAAAGCCGAGAAAGCCAACGCAAAGAAUGUUGCCAAGCUAGGUAUGCACUGUGCGAGAAUAUACGUUGUCACUAAUGCUGGGUAUGUAUAA